UGUUUUACAAACACACUUUACACUGGUGCACUUUCAUUUGCUACCUGGCAGCCCUCACCCAGCCUAAGUGGUGGAGCAAAGUGUGUUUACAAUCCUCCAAUGAGGGAACACACUGUGUUUGGUCUUCACUUGCCAGAUUUACCCACUCUGUUUUGAGGCUUGCCUCCCGCACUGCAGGAAAUAAUGCAACUGCAAAAUCUCAUCUAAACAGCUGUUUGUAAUGUUAGAUUGGUCAAAACAGAUACAAGACAGGAGCCUCACUUCAGAAAUCACAGGAGUUUAACAAAAAUGUUGCUAUAAAUGCAGGCAAUGACAUGCCGGUUUGUAUUUCACACUUGAGUGCAAAAUGUGUCAUUUCCUUUGGGAGGUGAAGUACUCACUUAUUUGGGUAAUUAUAGGAACCUAUGAGGUGUCAAUACACAAUAAGAGGAAGUUGUUAUUCGGUCCAGCCCCAAUAGAUUUGGGCUAAGACAUGUACCAGCCUGGCUGGUCUGUGAUGCUGUAAACCAAGCAGACAACAAGGGGAAAGAGAUCUAAAAUAGAUCAAAUUUUCUUUGGACAGAAUACUUGCAUGCAAGGAUUUAGGGAGACAAUUUAUCUGAUGUGAAUCCACAGUGAAUGUGAAUAUAAGUGGUGUAAUCAUCUUGCAUUGGCCUAUUUCAGCUUUAAGAGUGUACAGGAGUGGUAAUUUAUUGAUUUCAGUUGAGCAAUACAGUAGAUCCUGUAUUGCUUAACUGAGCACUUCACUCCCUGUGGAGGAAGGUGAGAUAAGAAGAGAUUAAUACAGUAGCUAGAUAGCCCUAACUGUCACUGUCACAUUUGAUAUAUAGUAGAGGCGCAUCAAAACAGACAUCCUUGGGAUCUUCAGCUCUAACACUUCUCUCACAUAGUUUUCAUCUUGUUUUUUCCUUUGCUUGCAUCUUUUGCUGCAGCAGGCGACUCAGCUCAUUUUGCAAUCACAACUGUCUCCUCCCUCCCUCAGCACAACUUUGGGAAACCGAAAAAAAAAGAAAAACAAGUCUUCCUCUCGCGAUAGUAGCUUGCUUAUGCAGCCGCCAUAUUCUGUGACAGUAUUUUGAUUCGUAUCUGCUGGAAGUGAGGAAAAAGAGAAAAGUGAAGGGCUGUCGAGGGGAGGGGGGGGCUGAAGAAGAGGAGCUGUCAAAAAGGUAUUCCCGAGUCUCAGUCAAACAGCGGAGGGCUGAGGCUCGGUAUCCCUCCCCUAACGUUAUUUCGAGGACACACAAGGCCCGGGGCCUCGGUGCAGUUGGCUCUUCGUCUCCCUGGUAGUAGCUGGAUCCUGCUCGGCUUCUCCUCUCCCAGCUCCGCGGCCCUCUGGAGGUCCGGCGGCGGUCUCGGGUGUUGAAGGCGGCCCGGGGAGCGGCGGCGUCAGCGGAGACGGGAAGAAGAUGUUCAAGAUGAAGGCGGUUUGCUGCCACGACUGACGCCCCAGUGCGCUGAACAGAACAAGCGGUCCUGACCUGGCAACAUACGAAUGGCCCAGGGAAGCCACCAGAUUGACACUCAGGUUUUGCAUGACCUGCGCCAGAAGUUCCCUGAAGUACCAGAGGGUGUUGUCUCCCAGUGUGUUCUGCAGAACAACAACAAUCUAGACGCCUGCUGUGAAUACUUGUCCCAGGUCAGUCCGGGCUACUUGUACAGUGAAGAAGGAAACCUCAGCUUCUCUGACGACCCCAGCUUCAUCAGGCUCCGUAAUCACAUGACCCAGCUGAACCUGGGCCUGCAGUCUCAGAAUGUGCAUGUGGCCCCGGUUCGGGACGGCCUGAGAAUGAACGGCAGCCGGACUCUGGCCCAUAGCCUGAGUGACGGGCCCCUCCAGACAGGCCAGGCCCCCAACAGUGACUUCUUUCAGCAGGAGCCCCAAUCAGCCCCAGUGCAGGUGCCCUCCAGCCUCAAUGUAUUCAGUGUGAUGGAGCCCACGCGCAAACCGCAGCCUCCACAGCACCUUGGACUCUACCCUCUGGGUGUCAAAGGAACGACCAUUGGUGCCCAGCAGACACCACGCUUCAACCCCAUUACCGUGACGCUAGCCCCUAAUAUCCAGACAGGCCGCAACACCCCUACUUCUUUGCACAUACAUGGCGGGCCUCAACCGGGCCUAAACAGUCCACAGGGUAACUCUAUCUACAUACGGCCCUAUGUAAGCCAGUCCGGUACGACCCGGCAGAACCAGCAGCAGGGAGGCAGGGCCCAGUACAGCCCUACCUCCCAGCCCCAGCAGCAGAUCUACCAGAUCUCACACCCCUCCUCCUUGUCUGGCUCCUGGUCAGGCCCUCAGCACGCCUCCUCCUCACAUACCUCACAGAUCCAGGGCCACCAGACCUCUCACGUCUACAUGCCAAUCAGCUCCCCCACAAACCCCCAGGCGCCCUCUAUCCUUCCGACUGGAAGCCAGGCCACUUCCUCCGGCGUCUCCUCAUGCUCUUCUUCCUCCUCUGCCACCUCCCUGUCUACCAUCAGCCAGUACAACAUCCAGAACAUCUCCACCGGCCCACGGAAGAAUCAGAUAGAGAUCAAACUUGAAUCUCCUCAGAGGAGCAACUCCACAACAGCCGUGCUGCGGACGAGCAGCGGGCCCCGUUCCUCAUCCACUCCGUCCUCCUGCCCUUCCUCUUCCUCCUCUUCAACCGGGGUGGCUACUGUCCCCACCACUCCUCUCUCCAUUGGAGGCCCGGGUCUGAGCCGCAGCCAGCCCACUGUUUACAUCUCUGCCAGCCCACCUACUGCUGCUAUCACUCCCUCUGAGGAGGCCGUUGUGGCCUCAGCCGGCUCCCGCUCCCAGCCCAAGUUUUACAUUUCUGCCAAUGCCUCCAGCGACGACAGUGGGGGUAGGAACCCUCCCACAGUCUACAUCUCAGCCAACCCUCCCUUGCAGGGACCCGCAGGGGCCAGGAACAUGGGGGGCCAAGUGAGCAUGGGCCCCGCCUAUAUCCACCACCAUCCACCUAAGUCCCGUGCCUCUGUGGGAGGGGGGGGCACGGCUUCCUCUCCUCGUGUGGUGGUGACUCAGCCCAACACCAAAUACACUUUUAAAAUCACCGUGUCCCCCAAUAAGCCCCCAGCGGUGUCCCCUGGAGUCGUGUCCCCUACUUUUGAGCCCAACAACCUCCUCAGCCUACCCCCAGACCACCACUUUGUGGAGCCAGACCCCCUCCAUCUCUCAGACCCACUGUCGCCACACAGGGAGAGGCCGAGUGAACCUCGCAGACUCAGCAUGGGCUCUGAUGAUGCAGCGUACACACAAGCGUUGUUGGUGCAUCAGAAGGCCCGCAUGGAGAGGCUGUGGCACGAGCUGGAGCUGAAGAAGAAGAAGCUGGAGAAGCUAAAAGAGGAGGUCAACGAGAUGGAGAAUGACCUGACCAGGAGACGGCUGGAGAGAUCCAACUCUGCCUCCCAAAUUCCUUCUAUCGAGGAGAUGAAGCAGUUGCGAUGCAAAAACAGGUUACUGCAGAUUGACAUCGACUGUCUCACCAAAGAAAUUGAUCUCCUUCAAACAAGAGGACCACACUUUAAUCCCAGUGCAAUCCAUAAUUUUUAUGACAACAUUGGAUUCCUUGGUCCUGUCCCACCCAAACCCAAAGGUACUUUAUCUAUUGGCGGGAGAGGAUGUAGAUAUAAUGUGACCUCUGAGCUCAUGAUGGAGCCCUCCUCUGGUCCUUCCCCUCCUCUCCCACUCGGUUGGUAACUCCGUGCUUCUCUUCUCCAUUCAUUCCUUCCUCCCUUUAUCAUCAACUUUAUCAUAUUUAACACAGGACACAGGCUUAUUUUAACCCCCUUGAUUGAUUUUGAAUUUCAAAUCUGAAUGUAACAUGUCUUUUAAUUCUGUAAAGUCAUUUGCUUCUCUGGAAAGCAGAGUCCUCACUGAUAUUCAGGCUUUUUUAUCUCCUGAUUUUCAUCUAAAUUUGAGGAAUUGAUUAAACCAUGAAAGUGCUCAGCCAAACGGAACAAAUUGAUUGCUCUGCUGUGUUUUUCAAACUGAAAUGCUUACACACUGAAAGGAUGUGGUUUUGGUUUGCGACCCUUAAAAAAGAAGCAAUGUCAGCUCAGUUUGUGAUCACACGGAGUUAAGUGUAUGAGUUGUCUUCUCAGAUUAUUUCAUGUGAUUACUUUGUAGAUGCCUGAAGAUAAAAAAAAAAAACUGCUGUAUUUUGCAAUAAAAAAAACAGCUUUAAAAAGAAAAUUCCAAAAACAAGAAAUAAAGUUUUUCUUUUUGUUAUUUCCUAUCUUGUUAAACAUCUUCAGACUCCAAGGCUGAGAACCAACAACCUACCAACAACCUACCAACAACCUACCAACAGCUGCUGUUAACAUUAAGUAGACAGUGAAAGUGUUGCUUUGUAGUAUGAUGAUAGUUUCCAUCUCUGGACUGGACAGAGUUGAUGACUCAGAAAGCUCUCAGAAACAUUGUUGUUCUGUCUGAAAACCGACUCCAGGCUUUAUGUUUACAUUAGAUCACUGCCAAGCGUCCGAUAAUCAAUUACAGCAGCGCACGUAAACACACUGAUGCACAAGUGUUAACUUCAUGGAUAAACUUGAUGAAUUGCCCUUCUUUUCCUGUGUCAUAUUCUGCACUGACCUCCCUCUUCUUCUUCUUCUCCUCCUCCUCCUCCUCCUCCUCCUCUUCG